AGAUCUAACUGACGAUAGUCUGUCUCAUAUUCUUCUCUAUAAAAACCAUAAGUCUAUUGUUAGUCUCCCAAUCCUAUUCCACAUUCUUCUUCAGAAAUCAUAUACCAUAUCUCGAAUUACAACAAAAAGAAAAAAGAUAUUAAAGAAAGAUAACAUGUCGCUCCCUGAUUUCAAUGCUCUUACAGAACUGCACAAUUCUGCUAAUAAUCUUCUUCAUUCACCUGAAAUCCAACGAGUUCUUGUCCACCAAAAGCAAGAAAAAUGGGUUCAAGAAGUGUGCGAUGCAUCUUUAAGAAUGUUAGAUGUGUGUGGCAUUUCUAAAGAUGUUCUUUUGCUUGCCAAAGAACAUCUUAUAGACCUACAGUUCACAUUGCGCAGAAAAUUUCUUAGCCAACCAAAUAUUAAUGCAAAGAUUGCUGCUUAUAAUUACUACAGAAAGAAGCUAAAGAAAGAGACACUGAAAUGUCUACGUUCAUUGAAGGGAAUGAAGAGAAAAUCAGUUGUUAUUUCAGACAUCUCAACUACAGAUCACAAGCUUGUAGUAGUUGUUGAAGUACUAAGAGAAGUGAGAGUCGUCACCGUCUCCAUUGUUGAGUCUUUAUUGUCUCUCAUUUCAAUUCCAUGGUUGGAUCAGAGAUCUACUAGAGGGUCUUUUAGGUCAAAGUUCUUUAGCAGUACAAGUAACCAGAGCUUGUAUGAUUUUUGCGACGAGACGGCACUUCAAAGUGCUAAUAAGAGACUGGAGGCGGUGGAGAUUGCCAUUGAAGACCUUGAAGUGGAAUUAGAGUGCAUAUGCAGGCGGUUGAUCCAGACUAGGGUUUCUCUUCUUAAUAUACUUACCAAUUAGGAUAUAUAUAAAUAAAGCCUGUGUUUUCACUGCAAACCUAUUAUUUUUAGGUGUGCUUUGCCAUGGGUGACAGCUUACAGCUUGCUAGAACGUAAACUAGCUGAACAGAUAUAACCUUUAAUUUUCAUUUAAUUGUAAUUGUAUCAUCAUGUUGAAUUAACUCAUCAAUUAUUAAUUUAUUUCUUAUUUUCUAAUUAAUAAAAUUGCACAUCCUGUUUGUGCU